GAAGAAUCUCAUGGGUGAGUAGGAGUGGCGCAUCUUCCUAUCAACGAUCUCUGCAGACACACCCACCCUAUCUGAAAAUCUUUUUUGUUUUCAUAGCUUCAGAACAUUCGGCGUAAAUAUCCGCAUAUAAACGGAGAUUCUGCUAAGUUCUAGGCAACCUGUGUGUGUUCACGUUUUGUUCUACACAAUGCAGAGACUACAGCUUUUAAAGGAAACGUUCUUUGGACUUGAUGUUUUGCAGCAGCAGCUUAUUGUAGGCUGCGCUGUGGCAGCAGCAGCAGGAGGAAUACUGACCUAUGUUUUGCAGAGAAGGGGGAAAGUGAGAACCAUCCCUGUUGGAGAGGGAUGGUGGGGAGCAGGAGAGAAGUCAUCCUCAGAUGAUGAAAAAAUCUACCCUUUUACAGUGCAAACAUCAGAUAAGGAGAUUGAGGAGAAUCCCCACAGCAUAACACUGCCAGCAUCAUGCUUCAUGGACCUCUAUGAGCGCAUUGACAAAACCCGCUUCACAGACCCUUUGGAAGACAGUGCCUUCCACUAUGGCUUCAAUUCCACUUAUCUUAAGAAGGUGGUAUCUUAUUGGAGGAAUACAUUUGACUGGAAAAAGCAAGUAGAAAUGCUUAACAAGUAUCCACACUUCAAAACCAAAAUAGAAGGACUUGACGUGCACUUCAUCCAUGUGCGCCCAUCACAGAGGGGGGACCAGAGGGUUCUGCCUCUUAUGCUUGUUCAUGGCUGGCCCGGAUCUUUCUAUGAAUUCUACAAGAUUCUUCCACUUCUCACACAGAAAGAUGAGAGAGUUACAUUUGAGGUUGUAAUCCCAUCCAUUCCUGGCUAUGGCUUCUCAGAAGCCCCUCAUAAGAAAGGAUUUAACAGCCUGGCUGCUGCUCGGAUUUUCCUCACUCUCAUGGAUCGUCUGGGCUUCUCCCAGUUCUACCUGCAAGGAGGAGACUGGGGCUCGCUCAUCACCACGAACAUGGCUCAGAUGAGGCCUGACUGUGUGAGAGGUCUUCACCUAAACAUGUGCAUGACGACAAGGGGACUGAGAGUGCUAUUGUCCACGAUAAUCGGGCCUUAUCUACCUUUCCUAGUGGGCUUUAGUCGGGAAGAUGUUCGCAGGCUGUUCCCCUUCUUUGAGAAGAAUGUGUGGGAAAUGCUGAGGGAAUCUGGUUACCUUCACCUUCAGGCGACUAAACCUGACACUGCAGGACGUGGACUGAAUGACUCGCCUGUUGGCUUAGCGGCCUACAUUCUGGAGAAGUUCUCCACCUGGACCCACUUGAAGAACAGAGGUCUGGAGGAUGGUGGGCUGGAGAGAAAAUUCACUCUGGACGAUCUUCUUACAAAUGUCAUGAUCUACUGGACUACAGGCUGCAUCAUCUCCUCCAUGCGCUUUUAUAAAGAGAACAUGGGCAGCGACAUUGAUAACAGAAUUGAUUCCAAGACAGGGAUAUUUGUGCCCACUGGACUUGCUGCUUUCCCCCAGGAGCUCAUGCACUGCCCCAAAUCCUGGGCACAGAUUAGAUACCGGAACGUCGUCUCUUACACCUUCAUGCCCCAAGGCGGCCACUUCCCUGCAUUUGAAGAGCCCCAGCUGCUGGCCAAGGACAUCAUCCAGUUUGCCAAAAAAGUAGAAAAGCUCUAAACUGCAGAAGGAAUUCUGACUCCAAAAGUUAUUGCAAGUUUUUCUUUUAAUUAUAAAUGACAUGAUCACACUGCACCAGUUCAGAUAAACCCUAAUCCUUUCAGUUAAUCUUUUUCCUAGUUAUGAUAAUUAAAAUGUUAAUGUUUCAGUGAAUGUAAACAUGUAGGCAGACACCUGGACAUUCAUAUUUGUUUUCUAGAAUGAAAAUAAAGCAGUUCAUUAAACCAUU